AUGUCACGCCCCAGUUUACACGCGGAAAAGAAUUGCCUUUCGCUUGAUGGGGGCGGUGUGCGCAGCCUCUCCUCUCUCCUCAUCCUCGAGGAAAUAGUGCGUCAAUAUAACAUUACGAAAGGGCUCGCUGCAGAUGGCCAGCCGCCAGGCGAUGUAUUUCAUGUCGCUUUUGGAACCAGCGGCGGAGGCCUAAGCGCAUUGAUGGUCAAGAAAUAUGGCAUGACCAUGCAGGCAUGCAUCAACAACCUCCGUGGUGUUUCAAACACUGUGUUCCGACGACGUACAAUUCUACCAAGUUUCGAACCAAGUGCCCUUACCAGCCUUUUCGUUGGAUCGCGGUUCAGUCAGGGACUGCUUCGGCAACAAAUCCAGCUGAUCACAGGCACCCUUAUGCAGAUGCAGAACCCUACUCAUUGCAACUGCUACGUGGUUUGCCGCCGUUCGGACAGUCUUGGACUCAUCACCAACAACCUCCCUGUGUGCUUUGCCUGUUUCGCAAACGGACAAGCCAAUCGCCUUGUCUGGGAAGCAGCCCUAGCCACCAGCGCUGCACCCACCUACUUUCCUCCCGCCGAGCUUGGUCCACUGGACUAUUAUGUGGACGGUGGCUUGGGCUUCAAUAACCCCAUCCUGACGUUUCUGGAUCAGAGAUCGUCCAUGGGCAUCGGAGACACCACACGCAUCUGCAUUAUAAGUAUUGGAACCGGAGAACCAGCCCCGGCUCAGAUGGGGACGGCACGGAAUAGUUGGUGGCGGUUCUGGAACAGGUUCACCCUGGUGAACUUGUUUCGAAACAUCAUUGCACUCGCGACGGACACGCAGAAUACCCACCUUUUUUUCGAGCAAGUCUCACGGCUGUUACCGAAGCUGUCGUACUUCAGACUCAAGCAAUGA